UCGGGGCUGGUCAGCGGCAGGCUGCCGGGGCUCGGAGAAGGGCCCGGCUGGGCGAGCGCACGGCCAUGGCCCCGUGGUUGCAGCUCUGUUCUGUCUUCUUCACUGUCAAUGCCUGCCUCAAUGGCUCGCAACUGGCCGUUGCCGCCGGCGGCUCCGGCCGCUCGAGGGGCGCCGACACCUGUGGCUGGAGGGGAGUGGGGCCAGCCAGCAGGAACAGCGGACUGCACAACAUUACCUUCAGAUAUGACAACUGUACCACCUACUUGAAUCCGUUGGGGAAGCACAUGAUUGCUGAUGCCCAGAACAUCACCAUCAGCCAGUAUGCUUGCCACGACCAAGUGGCAGUCACCAUUCUUUGGUCUCCAGGGUCCCUCGGCAUUGAAUUCCUAAAAGGAUUUCGGGUAAUACUGGAGGAGCUGAAGUCGGAGGGAAGACAGUGCCAACAACUGAUUCUAAAGGACCCAAAGCAGCUCAACAGUAGCUUCAAAAGAACUGGAAUGGAAUCUCAACCUUUCCUGAAUAUGAAAUUUGAAACGGAUUACUUUGUAAAGAUUGUCCCUUUCCCUUCCAUUAAAAACGAAAGCAAUUACCACCCUUUCUUUUUCAGAACUCGGGCCUGUGACCUGUUGUUACAACCGGACAACCUUGCCUGUAAACCCUUCUGGAAGCCUCGGAACCUGAACAUUACCCAGCACGGUUCAGACAUGCAGGUGUCCUUCGACCACGCACCACACAACUUUGGCUUCCAUUUUUUCUAUCUUCAUUACAAGCUCAAGCAUGAAGUACCUUUCAAGCGAAAGACCUGUAAGCAGGAACAAAAUACAGAGACAACCAGCUGCCUCCUUCAAAAUGUUUCUCCAGGGGAUUAUAUAAUUGAGCUGGUAGAUGAUACCAAUACAACAAGAAAAGUGAUGCAUUAUGCCUUAAAGCCAGUGCAUUCUCCCUGGGCUGGGCCCAUCAGAGCUGUGGCCAUCACAGUGCCACUGGUUGUCAUAUCGGCGUUUGCAACGCUCUUCACUGUGAUGUGCCGUAAGAAGCAACAAGAAAAUAUAUAUUCACAUUUAGAUGAAGAGAGCUCUGAGUCCUCCACAUAUACUGCAGCACUCCCCAGGGAGAGGCUCAGGCCGCGGCCGAAGGUCUUCCUGUGCUAUUCCAGUAAAGAUGGCCAGAAUCACAUGAAUGUCGUCCAGUGUUUUGCCUACUUCCUCCAGGACUUCUGUGGUUGUGAGGUGACACUGGACCUAUGGGAAGAUUUUAGUCUCUGUAGAGAAGGACAGAGAGAAUGGGUCAUACAGAAGAUCCAUGAGUCCCAGUUCAUCAUCGUGGUGUGUUCCAAAGGAAUGAAGUACUUUGUGGAAAAGAAGAACUACAAACACAAAGGAGGUGGCCGAGGCUCAGGCAAAGGGGAGCUCUUCCUGGUGGCAGUGGCGGCUAUUGCUGAAAAGCUCCGCCAGGCAAAGCAGAGCUCAUCUGCUGCGCUCAGUAAGUUCAUCGCCGUCUACUUUGAUUAUUCCUGCGAAGGUGAUGUCCCCUGCAUCCUGGACCUGAGUACUAAAUACAAACUCAUGGACAACCUUCCCCAGCUCUGCUCCCACCUGCACUCCGGAGACCAUAGCCUCCAGGAGCCAGGACAGCACCUGGGACACAGCAGCAGAAGGAACUACUUUCGGAGCAAGUCUGGACGUUCCCUGUAUGUCGCCAUCUGCAACAUGCACCAGUUUAUUGACGAGGAGCCCGACUGGUUCGAGAAGCAGUUCCUACCCUUCCAUCCUCCCCUCCUGCGUUACCGGGAGCCUGUCCUGGAGAAGUUUGACUCAGGCUUGGUUUUAAAUGACGUCAUCUGCAAACCAGGACCAGAAAGUGAUUUCUGCCUAAAGGCUGAGGCUGCCGUUCUUGGGGCCACUGGGCCUGCCGACUCGCACCCGCACCCCGAGAGUCAGCACGUGUGCCUGGACCAAGACCCUGAGGCCCCGUCCACCCAGGAGGGUGGCUCCACACUGCAGCCCUUGCUGCAUGCUGUGAAAGCGGGCAGCCCCUCAGACAUGCCGCGGGACUCGGGCAUCUACGAUUCAUCUGUGCCCUCGUCUGAGCUGUCUCUGCCUCUGAUGGAAGGACUCUCAACGGACCAGACGGAAACUUCUUCCCUGACGGAGAGCUUGUCCUCUUCCUCCGGGCUGGGUGAGGAGGAUCCUCCUACCCUCCCUUCUAAGCUCCUUGCCUCUGGAGUGUGCAAAACAGAACUUGGUUGCUGCAGCUACACUGAUGAACUCCAUGCGGUUGCCCCUUUGUAACAAAACAGAAGAGUCUAAGCAUUGCCACUUUAGCUGCCACCACUCUCUGGUACCAUAGCUCAUCUCUGGUCACAUGGCCUUCUUGCAGCUGAGGGCUCAUAAAAGGAUAUUUGGAGUGAAAUUCUGGCCAGUACUUGCUCCUGCAGCCCCAGCCCUCUACCAAAUAUGUUGGCAAAGUCUCCAAUUUUCCAAGACCAUAUGGAACUCUGAAAGGCAUGUCCAUGGGGUUUGACAAGACCUUGCUAUAUUAGGUCAGUUCUUGGAUCAGAGCCUAUUCUGAAAGGUAGAGAGGAAACAGUUAAAAAGAAACAGGAUAAUACUCACAAUGACCAUUCAGACUUCACUGAGCGCCAUAAACAAACUUUGCUCUUCACUGUUAGUUACUUUGAUUUGAAAUGAUCUGUGGAAAAAGCACUUGUAAUGUCAUUAUCGCCACAGAAAUCAAGUGCCAUUCUCUCUGGAAUCUGUUAUAUUGCAAAUGAUGUCCUAUCCAUUUUUGAUGUGGAACUUACGAUGUCAGGGGUAUUACGUUAAAUAAGUUUUGAGUCAAUGUCAAAGAAGUGACUGAAUAUCCAGUCACCUUUUAAAAAGUCUUUAUGUAUUGCUGGGUGACAUGGCUGGUUGAUGAGGGGGCCAUAAAACAGGCCGACUGUCUUGCUCAUUCUUUCUCAGAGUCUUCUCAUAAUCUAAGUAGGCAUCAUGUGGAGGCCAGAGCUGCCUAUCAAGUUUCCUUGGGUUACACUUACUGAGCUGUAGCUCAGAUGAUGGUGUCUGGACAUUUAUUUUAAGAGACUGUUACCCAACUGGGCUGUAUUUUUGAAAGUUGUAGUUCAUGCUUCAUUUUGGCCUUUUGGUCUAAACUUGUAUCAUAAAUAUUAGGGAUCAGAAUUUGCAAAAACACAACAGUGUGUGGAGCUAAUCUCCUCAACUGGUUUUGAUUGAUGACAAGUCUCCUUUUAAGAAAGUAGAAAUGAAGGGACUAUCACAGAGGUUAUUGUUACAUUUUUAUGAAUGACUCCUCUACACAAUCUCUGUUUCCAAAGGGAAAAUGUUUGUUCAUAUCCUGUUUGUUGAUUUGCAUGUGUGUGAUGAUGUGUUAGUCUCCUCUCUGGAAACCCUUGCCCUCCCCAUGCCCUGGCACAGGUAUGAGCAUCUCUCUACACCUUUUUCACCGGGGGCCAUUGGAUUUUGGCGGUCCAUUUUCUCAUCAUUUAGUCUAAGGAUUGUGGCUUUCCUUCAUCAGAUGGGACCAACAUUGGUAAGUGGGAUGGGGCAGAACAUUAUCUUUCAAGCAUGUGCUUGUCAGGUAGGGAAGGGAAGGCUUGCAGUUCUGCUGGAAAGAGGUUUGUGUGUAUUUUGGACUCAAAUGUACUAUUCCCUGCUCUGUAAAGGCAGCUGGCAGCUUCUUGGGAUAAUGUGCUCAUCUGUUCUCUGGCAUCAAGUUUCCUGCAGCUGCUCUGAGGGAGAGACAGUGAGCUGCAAGACUGUCUCCCCAUGAAACUGGCUUCUUGGUAGAGAUGUUCUGUGUGGAAUCCAGGACAAGCACAGAGCUCCUGCCCAAGUAAAAUUGCCCUGCUGUUUUCAUUGUCCACAUACAUUCUGUGAAGGAGAUCAGUGGGUUCAAACUUGCUAACAUAUGAAAAUUCACUUGGAACGUUACCAGAGAGAUUUCUUAUUUGGACUAAGAGAUGUUUCAUGCUCCCAAAGGAACCUAGGAGCUGCUUUUACAAUAGACAUUCAGCUUCACAUAGGAAAUAGGCAUCUCUGAGAAAGUGGCCCUAGGGACAGUUUGGAGCAUUCAGAGGAGCAUUAAUUGAGGUCCAAGGGCGGGGGCAGAGAGUUCAAUACAUGAACUCACUUGUUACAAAAAUGGAAGGGACAGAAAGGAUGCUAGUCCAAAAAUCAGGUAAUGUUUUUUAGUUUGGAUUUAGGGUUUGAAUAGUUCUCUGAACUAUUGUUUCUGAUUCACAGACUCUAAAAUACCAAGUAAUAAAACCUACAGUAUGAUUGCCUAAUUCAGAAUAAGUUGAGAAGUCUGUCUUCCUAAUUUUUGUUUCAUUAGUUUCACUCUUUUGUUUUCUCCCACCCCCACAUCAUGCUAGCAAUGGGAAUAGUUGUGUUGUAGAUUAAGGCAAAACAUCUAUUCUAAGUAGAGUUGCAGUUUUUGACUAACUACCUGUCUGACAGUGGAAAUGAUAAAAUGGGAUUAAAAAAAAUCUGCCAACUUGCUAGUUUUAGAUAUCGGGAAACAAGAAUUAGAUUAUAGUGAUGUGCUCAGUGAAAGGCCUUGAUCUGAGAGUGAGAGGCUUUUAUGGGUAAGUUAGUGCCCUCUGCAAAGAAGACCAGUGUUCAUCCCAGGACUCUAGAAAACCAAGAAUACCCAAGGUAGGAAGCUAGUCAUUCUCCUUAAUUCCGAUGUCUCACAGAAAGAAUUUAGUAUAUGAUGCAGUCAGCUUUGCCAAGAGAGUGAUCAGGGAGGUUAAAACCUAGGUAAUUGUGUGCUCUUCUCUGAGAAGUUGGCUCCAAGUAACUGGGACUAUAUUCAUGGACCAGGCCUAGCUACACUGGGUGCAGAACUCCUCCAGAGGAUCGAUACUUGGGCCUUUGAAACACAAGGAUCUUGAAAGAAUCAGAAGUCAUUCCAGUCCAGUCCUGGGUAUUGAGUUAGGGACUCAGCCAGGUAACAGUAUUUUGAGACAAAAAAUGAGAUUGGGUCAUAAAGUCAUGAGAUAAAGCUUUUGGUUGAUUUGUUAUUAACUAAAAACAGUCCCAGAUCAGAAGUUUAAAAAAAAAUUGUCCUUACCAAUGAUGACAUCAAUCAUUAGAAUCAAUGUGUAGUAGGUUACGGAGAUUUAAGUUCCUGCAUGUAUGUUUGUUAAAGUUCUCUCUUGCUAUUCUAUAAACACAAGAUAUUUUGGUUUUGUUUUUUACCAACCUCCAGUCUCAGGUUACCUGAGGUACAUGCAAACAGGAAGGCUAGUCCUCCAAAACUGUAGGUUAACAUGAUUUUAAGAGUUUUUUUUCAGAGGUGAGCAUUUUUUUUCCUUUACAAGAAACUAAAUCGGCAGGGACGCUAUUUUAUCCCUGGAGAAGAAAUGGUAUACCCUCCUUCUCAAAGAAAGAACAUUCUGCAGUCCCUGGCUACCUCAAAACUAAUUUGGCUCUCUUAAGAAGAGACAUUACUCUCUUUAUUGGAGAGAGAUGGGCAGUGCCAAUGUGAAGGUUACUAGUCUUUUCUGUUGUUGAAGACAUCUAUUCUUAGCAGAUCCUGUACCUUCAGGGGCACCAGUGUAGUCAGGUAUAAGCAAAUUAGCUGUGUGAUAACAAAUUGCAACAGCACACCUUCUCUUUGUCAGAGUGACAAUAAGGCAUGGUGGGGACUGUGGCAAACUGAAGAACUUCUGUCCUACCUACAGGGAGAGGCUGCUCCAGUUGAUUGUGGACAUGAAGUGUUUCCCAAUCUUCCCAUUUCUCAAGAGAAGCUGAAAAUUUCUUUCUUUUAAUAUUGGCAACUAAAAUUUUAAAAUAUUUAAAUUCAAGACCAACAGAACAUACAGAUGGACCUAAUUUGGCUCCCUGGCUGCCAGUUUGUGACCUCUGCUUUAUAAGAUUUGAAAUGAAAGUCACCCAUGGUAAUUACACAUAAACCAUGCCACUAAUAUCCAGCCAGUAGCUGGAUUAUUUCUUUCCCCUAACUCUCCUUCAAAGAAAUUUGAGGUGAUUCUGAAUGUAUUUGUAAGGUUUUAAUUGCUUCUUUACAUUUAAUUUCAAGUUCAGAUUUAUUGUCUUCCAAUUUAAGAAACAGAAUGUUUUGAACAAUUUCACUUAAACUCCACAACCCCUAGGGCUCAUGUGUAAUCCUUUUUUAGAUGGUGUGCAAAUCUGAACUUAGACCAAGACCUAAUUAGAAAAACAGGCAUAUGUGGGUAAUAAGGCAAAGAAUCUCCUAGUGUCCACUACAGCCAGAUAUGCAUUACCUUCUGUUUUAAAUGAUCUGUGAAUUGACUCUUGGCUGUGUGAAACUGUGGACGGAGAAAAGCUUUUCCUGAUGUUGAGAUACAGGGGAGACCCUGUGGGUGUUGGGUCGCCCUUGCUGUUUCCCCUCCUUCCCAGGCACAGGGUGAAAGUAAACAAAAGAAAAUCUGUAAGCCAAUAGCUUUGAUUCCCAUUUCAGACCUCGAGGGCUAGAAGAAAGUUUAGAUUAUCUCACAUGUUCCCUCCCUGGUGUCAAGACAGGGGCUGCACUGAAUUAUUCCAGACAUAUGGCUGCAGAUGAAAUUGUGGACUUUUACUAAAGGAGAUUCUGUAACCUACCCUGCUGAUCAGAUAGUUUUUUGUAUGUUCUUCCUUAUAGAAAUGCAAACCAGCUUUCUUUUGUUGAGGGUGUAGUGGAGAAAGAACAGCUGGUCACCUUCCCGUGUAUCUGAAAACCACAGUGAAGUCAUCCCCCUGGUGUUUUUAUUUCAGUGGUAAAUAAUCCCACCCAGUUAAACCAUUCUUCACAGCUCCUGUUUUCCAAAGGCUUAAUAAUUUUCACUGCUCUUUAGUUUCUCAGUUUCACACUUGUUUUAGUUGCUCAAACAGAACAUUGGUGCCUUCUUCAUAUUGGUGCCUUGUGAUGGCCAAGCUCAGGGUGGGAUUAUAGGGAAAUUCAUAUGUGCCCAGUGCCUCUUAGCAUGUAGAAAUAGAAUGGCACUUUUAAAAAAUGGUGUGUUGCUUAUAUUCAUUCUAAGAAUUAGUAGGCUGCCACUCCCCUCUCCUCCUGCCCUUGGUAACAGUCCUAUUUUGUGGUUUAUUUUCCUUCCUAAGGGCAAACAUUUGGUGCUUACUUCUGAUGUGUUGAUUGUCGUUCCUGAACUUCAGGAUACUCUUUUAGACCAGCUCUUACCUUCUGAGUGGCAGCUACCCUACCCUCCCAAUUUGUGAUUCUAUUUUUGCAUAUCUUUACCUUUAUUUGGUGACUCAUAAUAUCACUACAUGGUACAGACUUCAGUUUAACCACUGGUGAGAUGAUGCAGCAGUUUAGUUGCUAAGUGCCACCUUCCCAUUGUCAUCUGGGGACUAAUUUGCAGACACCUUUGAAUCCUCCAAUGAGGACCUCUGGGGAAUUUUGGCCAAUUGUCUUCUCUCCUGCUCUUUGGUUCCUCUCCAGAAUUCCAUGGGAACCACAGACACCUCAAGGACUUCUUCUGCAUUCCAGGGGGCUAGCGCCAUGGCUCUCCGUUGACCAACCACUGUGUUUUGCACAAUCCGAAGACUGACAAAAACAAACUAUUCCUGUUGUACAUCUCACAUUUAUAUUAUAUAAAAUUCCAGUCAAGAAGAUUCAAAAGAGCAGUUUUCUAUUUGUAUAUGAUGUGGACAUAAGUGAAUGCUGCAACUGUAGACAAAAAUUGCCGUUGGAUGACACUAACAUGCUCAUCUGUUAUUUAAAAAGUUUUAUUUCUCUCAUGAUGCUUUUUUGCAUAGUGAGUCUGGACAGCAGCAAAAACUUCUGUAAUGAACUGUGUUCAUUUAGAGAGUAGGUAACUAUGAUUUUCACUGUUAAAAUUUUUUUUCUUUUUUUCCACUGCAAAAACUCCCUUUUCCUAUGUUCUAGGAGGAAAGCCUGUGGAACACCAGUGGUCAUUAAUGUCAUUGUUUUUAUUUCAUCUUUCAGUUUAUCUUUGGUGGAAUAAUGAGCACUGACAGACUGUAGCAAUGUGCUGUAUUUUUACAUUGAAAAUGUUAGUGACAUGUUUGAUUUGUGUAUAACUCUGUAAAUAAGUGAUAGUAGACCACAGCUGACAUUUGCAAAAUGGUUUUGUACCUUAGAAUUUCUGCAUCAAAUAAAAUGUUUUUGUUUUAA